AUUGUAAACUCAUGGUUAGUAUCUACUGGUACCUGUGAUAUCUUAUCUUUCCCAAGCUCCUAAUUUUGGUUGGUCCAAAACCUCUCCAAUUUAAGUAACAAAGAAAAACCAGUAACCAAAAGGGCGCCAAUACAACAGAGAAGAAUAAAACGACAUCGUAAUUCAAAUUAUGGCUUCCACUUCCUUUUCAAUUUCUCCUCAAAAUUUCAGGUCUCGUAAGCCAAGCUUAGCCCAAAAACCUUCCAAGACCAACAACUUCAGCUACUUUCAAUUCUCGUCUCAUUUUAUUACAAAACCCAUUUGCUCAAAGUCUUAUUAUAGUGUUGCUGCCAAGUUAUACGACAAUGAAAUGGUUGUCGUUGAUGAAGAGAUGGACAGAAUUCGGAGGCUGCAAAACGGUUCGGACGUUCGAGGUGUGGCGUUGGAAGGGGAGAAGGGACGGACGGUGGAUCUGACGCCGGCCGCCGUCGAGGCCAUUGCGGAGAGUUUUGGUGAGUGGGUGGUGGCGGGGUUGGAGAAUGAGAACAAGAAUAGUAAUGAAGUUAAGGUUUCGCUUGGGAAAGACCCAAGAAUAACAGGACCGUUGUUGAGUGGCGCGGUGUUCGCCGGGCUCUCGCGCGCGGGUUGUGCGGCGUUUGACAUGGGACUGGCCACCACUCCGGCUUGCUUCAUGAGCACUGUGUUGCCUCCAUUUUCCUUCGAUGCUUCUAUUAUGAUGACGGCGUCCCACUUACCUUACACCAGAAAUGGACUCAAAUUUUUCACAAAGAAAGGAGGACUAACUUCACCGGAGGUUGAGGAGAUAUGCGACAAAGCUGCCCGUAAGUAUGCGAAUAGGCUUAGCAAGGUAUCAACAUUGCUCACCAAUCGCCCCAGAAGUGUCAAUUUCAUGAGCGCUUAUGCCGCUCACCUUCGAGAGAUCAUUAAGCAAAGGAUCAACCAUCCACUGCAUUAUGACACUCCCCUCCAAGGAUUUCAGAUAAUAGUGAACGCUGGAAAUGGUUCAGGAGGGUUCUUCACAUGGGAUGUUUUAGACAAACUCGGCGCAGACACCUUCGGCUCACUGCACCUCAACCCAAACGGAAUGUUCCCUAACCACAUUCCCAACCCGGAGGACAAAGUCGCCAUGGCGAUGACAAGAGCCGCGGUGCUCGAAAACACGGCUGACCUAGGGAUCGUGUUUGACACGGACGUGGACCGCAGCGGUGUGGUGGACAACAAGGGGAAUCCAAUCAAUGGUGACAAGCUCAUUGCUCUCAUGUCGGCCAUUGUGCUGAGGGAGCACCCUGGGACGACCAUUGUGACCGAUGCUCGUACUAGCAUGGCGCUUACGAGAUUCAUCACCGCUAGAGGUGGUCACCAUUGCUUGUAUCGCGUUGGCUAUAGGAACGUUAUUGAUAAGGGAGUGCACCUCAAUGAGGACGGCGUUGUAACUCAUCUCAUGAUGGAAACAUCUGGCCAUGGCGCUCUUAAAGAGAAUUAUUUUCUUGAUGAUGGAGCUUAUAUGGUGGUUAAGAUUAUCAUUGAGAUGGUACGGAUGAAGCUUGAGGGAUCAGAGGAAGGCAUCGGUAGUCUCAUAAAAGAUCUGGAAGAACCAUUGGAGUCCGUAGAGCUUAGAAUGAACAUAAUCUCCGAACCUAAAGAUGCAAAGGCAAAAGGCGUUGAAGCCAUCGAAACAUUCCGACAAUUCAUUGAGGAAGGGAAACUUGAAGGGUGGGAGUUGGACGCCUGUGGAGAUUGCUGGGUGAGUGAAGGCUGCCUAGUCAGCUCAAACGACGACCCGGCCGCCAUCGAUGCUCACAUGUACCGAGCAAAAGUUUCGGAUAAAGAUCAUGGACAAUAUGGCUGGAUGCACAUACGACAGAGUAUUCAUAACCCAAAUAUAGCCAUUAAUAUGCAGUCAUCAGUGCCUAGUGGUUGCCAUACAAUGACAAGAGUUCUCAAAGAGAAAUUUCUAUUGGCAAGUGGGGUACACAAAGUGCUUGAUAUUAGCCAGAUAGAAAAGUAUGAGAAAAAUGGACAAGUGAAUUGACAUACUUGAAAGUCUUCGGAAGUAGAUAUAUAUAGCAAUAGCAAUUAAUGGUAGGGUGAAAUAGGAGGACAUGUUUAUAUGACAAUAGUGAAUACCGAUUGUGUUAAGUUCAGCUACAAUUGAAAAUAAUAAAAGUUGUUUUUCAGCUUAA